AUGGAAAACGAAGAAUACAAUGCAACAUCCCUAGUAGAAACAACAGUAGAUAACAAAGAAGAAAGCAUUGAUAAUGACGAUAAUGUGAAAACUGAAAAAAUUAAAAAAAUACACGAGGACAAUUCAAGUUUAGAAUCAAGUCUAGAAUCUGACAGUGAUAAUUCAGAAAAAUUUGAAAAGUUACUAAAAAAUGCUAAAGUAGUUAAUAUUUCGAGGGAAAGAAGCUCAAGAAGUCAUCAUAUUGAUGAAAAACAUUUUCCUAUGGCCCUGUCUUUCAUUUAUAACUUCAUGCUUGAACAUGAAUUUAUAGAAUCGCUUGAAGUCUUUGAGAAAGAAUACAUUAAAAAAUUUGGUGAUGACAUCAACAGGUUGAGAAAAGCGAAAUACGAAAACAUAUUUACACAGAAUGAGCUUUUAAGAAAUGAUUUUUUGAACCAUGAAAAAUUAACAAAAGAAGUUCAAAAUUCUUUGGAAGACGCAAAUAAAAAAAUUCAGAAGACAAUAAAAGAAAGAGAUUACUACUUAAUGCACCAUAAACGAGUUCUACAGGAAAAGGAAACUCUAAAUAAGGAAAUACAAAAACAAAAAAAGGAAAUAGACAGAAUUCAAAAUUCUGUAGAUGAAAUAAAAGCCAAAUACGAAUCUCUGCUUAAAGAAAAAAUGUUAGUUACUCUGGAAAAAGAAAAACGGGACACGAAAAUCGAAGGAUUAAAUAAAUAUAUAGAGAAGCUGAAAGAUUUGCUAGGAAAUGACAAAUUAGACAAGUCAAUAACUAAUAUUUCGUCCAUAAAUGAGAAGAAAACAAAUACGUUGCAGACAGAUGUGUCAAAACAGGAUAAAAACGAUUUAGCGAAACUAACUUCCAAAAGAGAAGACACCCCUUGGCCUAACAAUGAAAGUUGUCCUUGUGAACCUAGCGAAAAUGAUGAUAACGAAAGUCCACAUUUAUGUGUUUCCUUAUUAAAGAUUACAAAAUAUUUUAAUGCUCAUGAUAAUGCAGUGUUAGGUCUUUCAUACAACGACAAAGUACAUAUGUUAGCAACCGGAGGAGAUGAUGGAAAAUGGAAGACAUGGAGCGUAACUAAUUAUGAAUUAGUCAUGGCUUCACAAGCUCACAAAAAAUGGAUAGGCGAUAUUUGCUUUAAUAAGGACGGAAAUAUCUUGUGUACUUCUGGUGGAGAUUCAAAAAUAAAAUUGUGGGAUAUGAUUAAGGAAAAAUGCGUUCACACUUUUAAAAAUUCAACUGGACCCGUGUGGAGUCUGUCGUUCCAUUACGAAGGAAACUUUUUUGCUUCCGCAUCCAUGGAUCAGACGAUUAGAAUAUUCGACAUAAAUAGCUUAAGGCAAAGGCAAAUUUUAAGGGGGCACGUAGACAGUGUAAAUUCUAUAAGCUUUCACCCAACUUAUAGAACCCUCGUCAGUGCGUCUGUUGAUAAAACGGUAUCGAUUUGGGAUAUGCGAAGUGGCCUCUGCGAAAACACCUUCUAUGGACAUAAUUUCCCGUGCAACUAUGCUAAUUUCAACGCAGAUGCAACUUGGGUAUAUUCUUGUGACUCUGGUGGCGUUGUUAAAAUUUGGGACAUCCGAGCCAACAGAUGCUUCAUAAACAUAGACGCAGGACCAUCAAGUGCAAACAAAUGCCCAAUGGACAAGCAUAACAAAUACUUGUUUAUAGCCUCAGAAGACCACACGAUAAAAAUAUUUGACGUUUUAGAAAAGAAGUUUGUUCGGGCGUUAAAGCAUGAAUUCGCAAUAAAGAAUGUUAUACUAGAACAGGACAAAUUGUUCUGUUCCUUGUCUAACGGAGAUGUAUGUACUUGGGAACAAGGGGAGGGUAAAUUAUGA